GGACUGGAAUACUACCACAGUCUGGGAAUUUCGCACCAGGACUUAUCUGGCACGAACUGCCGUUGCAGCUACGGUGGGGAUAUUUUACCGCCCAGAGGAACUCCAUUCUACAAACCGCACCACAUCCGGUUCGGCUUCAUCGAUUUCUCUUCGUCUACUUAUGCUUCUGGAGGAAGUGGAGCAGAGAAAACAUCGCGCAGGGUGCUGGGACGAUCGGCGACGCGUCCAUAUGACGCACCCGAACUGUCGGACGACGUUCCGUACGACCCUUUUGCUGUCGAUGUGUAUGCGUGCGGCGCUUGGCUUACAGAAAUGUUACGAAGCUACCAGCAUGUGUCACCUAUUCCAAACCUCGUUCGAUUUAUCUUUCCAGGGUUUCUGAAGUUCCUUCGUCGACUCAUCUCUGCACAACCAGAGCUGAGGCCAACCGCCAACCGCGUCCGAAGCGCUGGGCGAGCUACACCAGGUGCUUGCGGCGAUUCGCGAUCGUUCGGAUAAAGCACUGGAAGCACCGAAUUGUAUCUGGAUCUAUGGCACUCCCGAUGAACUCCCCAUGGUUGACAAUGAGAUAUCCAUGUAGCUAUUCCUUCAAGCAGCAUAUUUAUUAUUGCUCAGGAACCACAAUCCGCCUAACAUAUACGAGGGUGGCGUCUUCGAAGAUAGGACGGAUUCGGUCGUUUAUGAUUGGCAUCCAUGCCGGAGUUUCGGAUUGGGGAAGACAGGAUGCAGGCUGGACAAAGUCAGGAACGAAGAGGAAAGGAGGACGGGAAAGCCACCCUUGUCGGCAUUAUGAUCAUUCGUACUCAGCUUCCCCACGUAUCCAUUUACUGUUCGAGUCGUCGUUCUCGGUAGGAUGGUCAGAAAGAGCAAGGCGGUUAGACCAGACAUACGGCGGAUUGCAAUAUUUUGAGACGUGAUGGUAGCAAUGACUGUCUGAGGCGUGGCGCAAUCUAUGCCGCUCUCAGCAUGCCCAGCCCGUGAAGCUCUGUCUUCCUGUUUCUAGCGAGCAUCAUCUUCCUCUAUUCAGGACAGUAGUAACCAGCUAUGACUGCGCCUCAGGACGGACAUGUGGAUGGUCCACAGGUCACGCAACCCAGUCACCACCCUAACUGGCUAUCUCCCCUCCGCAUUGCUGCAGAGUCUAUUUCUUUCUCUGCUUGCACAAUCCACCUAACAUAUACGAGGGUGGCGUCUUCGAAGAUAGGACGGAUUCGGUCGUUUAUGAUUGGCAUCCAUGCCGGAUUUUCGGAUUGGGGAAGAUAAGAUGCAGGCUGAACAAAGUCAGGAACGAAGAGGAAAGGAGGACGGGAGGUGUUUUGAGGGGAGGGAGGGCCGGACGAGAGGAUGGGUGGUUUCGCAUCGGGGACCUGGACGUGAGUUUCAAGCAGGCUAGUGUGGAAGGAAGACCGACGGGGACGCACCGUGUGACUUCCAAGUAUCACCAUCCAGAAAGGGAUUAGAACGCAAGUGCCCAUAACACGUUCCGAGUUGAGAGGAAAGUGUGCAUCGAGUCCGGGAGACAAGCGACUUAGUCAGAUGAAUAAAGGAGGGAGGGGAGGAUGUAGAUGCUGGGACCGAAGAACUGCGCCCUGGGACGGUCGGAAUGAGGGAAAGGAAUCCCGGUCAAAGCAUAGGGGCACUCCGUCUAUAAUGAAAUUCU